AUGGACGACAUCUGCUCGGUGGUAACCGAGGAGGUGGGCGCCAACUGCGUCAUAGCGGCGGCGUCGCCCGUCCCCACCUGGCCCCCGGGCAAGGAGCCGGCCCCGCGGCCGCGAUUCAUGGAGGGCGCCCGGGACGAGGUGAGCAUCCUUGCGCCGGAGCUGGGCCCGUUGGCGGCGGUGAUGGUGGCGCCGGAGGGCGGCAGCUGGACACUGGAGGAGGGGCGGGGGCCGCCGUCGCGGAGGACGGGCGCUGACGGCGCCACCGCCGCCGCCGCGUUUGUGUGCCGGCGGCAGCUGGGCGGGCGCAAGGGGGAGCCGGCCGCGUACCUCACGCCAGUGCCGCCGGACGCGGUCGUCUACGGGUCGGGCGAUACGGCACGCAUUCUUACCAAGGAGCAGGCCGCCGCGCUGCGCAGCGCGGGGCUGUCGGAGUACUCAGAUCUGAAGCAGCGCCUGCUGCUGGCGACGGCGCUGCUGACCGCCGGCGGCAGCGGCAUCGCCGCGCUGGCGUCGGGGCCGGCGGCGGCGGUGCCGUUUGCGCUGGGCGGGUGCGCGGGGCUCGCAUACCAGUAUCUGCUGCAGAUCGGCGCCGACUCAGCGGUGUCCUCCGCCGCGGUGGCCGCCAAGGCAGGCGCCCCCCAGCCCGCCACCGCCGCCUCAACCGCCGCCGCCGCGGCCGGCGGCGCCGGCGCCGGCACCCCCGGCACCGCGCCGGCCGCGGGCAACGGCGCGGCUGACAUCAGUUGGCGCGGCGCGCGCCAGGCGCUCGGCAGCGGGGCGUUCAGGGUGGCGCUCGUCGCGCUCGCGGCGCUGUCGGCGGCGUCUGCGCUCGUGCACCAGCACGGCGGCGCGGGGCCGCUCGACGGCGCGGCGCCGCGGGCGGCGGGGGAGUCGGUGGCGCAGCUGGCGCUGGGGGCGCCGGGGGCGGAGGCGUGGCAGCUCGGGUGUGCCGCGCUCGGGUUCCUCAUGUAUAAGGUGGCCAUCCUGGGCGUGAGCAUGGCGCCCGGCGGCGGCCAGGGCCCCGGCGGGCUGCCUGUCGGCAUCAUCCAGUUCGAAAAGAACAACCAGCGCAAGGCGUCUUGA